CGCGACUGCUCCUUCCAGCCUCUUGGGACUCGGCUCGCGUUUACCACUGAGCUGCUGGCACAGGUUGUCAGGCGAUGCGACUCGGCUGCUUUCCACGAGGAACUUAACCCGUCGCACCUGCCGCCCGGAUGGGACCGCCAGAGAGCUUUCAAAUCUUGAGUGAAAAUUGAAUUGCUGAGGAAUUUGGGAAGAGAAAACCUGAAGUUCCCAGUCCAUGGAUCCCUUGGGUGCACCUUCUCAGUUUGUGGAUGUGGAUACACUGCCAAGCUGGGGCAGCUCAUGUGACGAUCAGUUAAAUGCUUCCAAUACAGCAGCUGACACGUAUCAUGAAGAGACUAUUAGAUCACCUUUUCUUUAUAAUAAGGAUAUCAAUGGAAAAGUGUUCUUUGGUAAUUCCUUGAAAGGAGAUGUUGCACUGCUGAACUGUACAGCUAUUGUGAAUACUAGCAAUGAAAGUCUUACAGAUAAGAAUCCUGUGUCAGAAAGUAUCUUCAUGCUUGCAGGGCCUGAUUUGAAGGAGGACCUCCAGAAACUUAAAGGUUGCCGGACAGGUGAAGCAAAAUUGACAAAAGGAUUUAAUCUAGCUGCAAGGUUCAUCAUUCACACAGUAGGACCUAAAUAUAAGAGCCGCUAUCGCACCGCCGCUGAGAGUUCCCUGUACAGCUGCUACAGAAAUGUACUUCAGCUGGCAAAGGAACAGUCAAUGUCUUCUGUUGGAUUCUGUGUCAUCAAUUCUGCAAAACGAGGUUAUCCUUUAGAGGAUGCAACACACAUAGCACUUCGCACUGUAAGACGCUUCCUUGAAAUUCAUGGAGAGACUAUUGAAAAAGUAGUAUUUGCUGUCUCUGAACUUGAAGAGGCUACUUACCGAAAGCUGCUCCCUCUGUACUUCCCAAGGUCGUUAAAGGAGGAGAGUCGCUCAUUGCCAUUCCUACCUGCAGAUAUUGGAAAUGCAGAAGGGGAGCCUGUGGUCCCUGAACGGCAGAUUCGAAUAAGUGAAAAACCCGGCGCCCCAGAGGACAACCAAGAAGAGGAGGAUGAAGGCUUGGGAGUUGAUCUUUCUUUUAUUGGCUCUCAUGCUUUUGCUCGGAUGGAAGGAGAUAUUGAUAAACAAAGAAGACUGAUCCUUCAAGGACAGUUAUCAGAGGCAGCCCUGCAGAAGCAACAUCAGAGAAAUUAUAAUCGCUGGUUAUGUCAAGCAAGAUCUGAGGAUUUAUCUGAUAUUGCUUCUCUAAAAGCCUUAUACCAAACAGGUGUCGAUAACUGUGGUCGCACAGUGAUGGUGGUAGUUGGAAGAAACAUUCCUGUAACAUUAAUAGAUAUGGACAAGGCUCUCUUAUAUUUUAUCCAUGUAAUGGAUCACAUUGCUGUGAAGGAAUAUGUGUUAGUAUAUUUUCACACACUGACCAGCGAAUACAAUCACCUGGACUCUGACUUCCUGAAGAAACUCUAUGAUGUUGUCGAUGUCAAGUACAAGAGGAAUUUGAAGGCUGUUUAUUUUGUUCAUCCAACAUUUCGUUCAAAGGUAUCAACAUGGUUUUUUACCACCUUUUCUGUCUCAGGCCUGAAGGACAAAAUCCACCAUGUGGACAGCCUCCACCAGCUAUUUUCUGCCAUCUCGCCAGAACAGAUCGACUUUCCUCCUUUUGUCCUUGAAUAUGAUGCCAGGGAAAAUGGGCCUUAUUAUACAUCUUAUCCCCCAUCACCAGAUUUGUGACCUGCUGUCUUUCCGUGCUCCUGGUUUCUAAGGACGCCACUUUCUCCACAGAUCACUACCUAUUGAAGGGAUAUUCAUUUUUGCUGUACAGAUCCAGAGAGCCUUUUGUCCCCACCUCUCUGGUAUUUUUUUAUUGACUGUAUAUUUUCUGGCACAUAAGCACUCUGAAAAUGGUAGGCCAUUCCGAACUGUACACUUAUUUUAAAUUUGUAUAUUUGUAUCAAAUGAAAAUGUUCACUUUUCGAGGGUCCUUAAUAGAAAUGGGGGAGCAAUUUUUGAGUAUCUUCAGUUUCCUGAAAGGACACUGGAUUCUCCAUUAGACAAGCCACAGUGUUGUCCACAUCAUCUCUUUAACCUUGCACGCUUUCUUUGUGUACUCAAGUGUUUCUGAAAAUAUAUAGAACCACCGUACGCUGACCCGAUGCAUUGUUUGCUUCAGAUCCUGGCAUCACAUCUUAUACAGACCAUUUGGUUAUGUUAAAAGAGAAUUGUCUGGGAUCAAGGAUAUAGAGAUGUCACACACAUCAAAUUAGCGAAAUAGGGGUCUCGGACUUUUACUGCACCAGUUAAGACUUAAGAUUUCAGGACUGACCUUCCUUGUAUUAAAUGAUUCGUUCAGAUUGUCACUGGUCUAGUCUCCACAGUAGGGGAAACAAGAAGACUGUAUCUUGAGCCUUUUUGCUAUAAUUCUAGGUGAUUUGGUCUCCUCAUUCGACAGGAGUGCACACAUUAGAAGCCUUCAGUGGAGGGCAACUGCUAAAGACUCUCUCAGUGAGCUUAGAGAGCUGCUUUCCCAGAGGCAUGAAUGAUGGGAGGGCAUCCUUGCGGUGUGUCUCAAGGCAACGCAGAGUUGCCUACCCCAAGAUGAAAGAAGUGUGUUUCAGUGAACAAAAUUCCAGACUCCUUUUUGCCACUCAGGCUUUGUUUGUGCCUUAACUUGCUAAUGAAUAAAAUUAGCAUUAUGCGACCUAUCUCACAGAGCUAUCCUGAGGGUAGCCCUUAGGAAGGGUUUUGAUGACCUUGGAUGAAAAGUGCUAGGACUAGAGUUUGUGUGAUGGGGUGUCUUCAUUUAGCCUUUAAAUGAUAAGAAAUACACUUGAAGGAGUGUUGCAGGGCACUCCUCUUGUCCUUGGCACCUCUUGAGUGAUUUCCCUUUUCUGGGGACAAGAGCUGUUAGUGCAAAAUCCCAACUGUUAGGACGUCCUUCCUACGCUUGGUCCAGAAUUUCUUCUGGCCUACUCCUCCUCCAGUGCUACACUUUAACGAGAGGCAGCUGUUAGCCCUUUUAAACAUUACUUCUUGCAUGAAGGUCAAACCAUUAUCAUUUCCAUCUGGGUGUCUUCAUAUUCCUUUUGAUUCUUCCGUUAACCGCCCAUCCCCCUCACCCUGUCAUGUAUACUGGCAGUUCAGAGAAGAAAAGGUAGAACUCUCCUGUCCCAGUGUGCUCAGGAUUGACGCUUCCAAGGAUCCCAUUCUUGUAUUGAAAUUAAUUCUUCAGCGGGGCGAUAAACAUUUUUCUUGAUUUGGUAGGGAGAUCCACCUGUAGUUGUGUUAACCCCAUCCUCUAUUUUCCCACAUAAACAAAAAGGGGCUUUACGUUUCUUAGAUAAGCAGUCUUAUCUUUCGCAUGUAAUGGACACAUUUGCUUUGUGCCCAGAAGUAAUACCACUUGUUCCUUACAUAUGCUUAUUUGUUAAGGACUUCCUAUUAUGUUCCCUAGGUCAUCAGGUCUAGACAGCCAGUCAAAUGUUUGAUAUUAAGCUUCCUCUCAAAACAUUCCUCCUUAACCCCUUGAGCCUUAACCUUUAAAAAAAAUCUGAAAAAAUUAACCUCAUCCUCUCCAGUCAACUGUGAGUUCAUAUUUGAGGUAUCCUUUCACUGGGAACAGUUGUAAAAACAUGCCAGCUUUUCUUUGUUAAAGGUGGACCUGGCUACCUUCAGUUGGCAUCUGGCCUGAAUCAUUUCCUCUAUAAAUAAUAGAGCAUUCAGGCUACUUUGCUAUUUGAAAAGAAGCAAAUUUGUAUGUAUAAUUUCUUAUAUAUAGGCCAUAACGUUGAAAGGAUGGCUUCUUGCUAUCUUGACACUAGUGUAUUAACAAUGAGUAACGUAAGCAAGAAUGUUUCAUUGAUGUCCUAGGGUAAAGGUUACAUGGGACUGUAUACAUAUCAACUGCAUUUGGUAGUUUGAUGGUCACAAAAGAUGAUGUUGCUCUUCUCAAUGAAACUGAAUUUGAUACGGGACCAAGUUCAGGCUUUUAGAGCUGUCUGAAGUAUUAUGUAAUGGAGUUGUUUCAACAUACUAAAUCCUAGGCGGGGAACAUAAUGACCUUGAUAUUGAAAUGAAAAAGUAACGUUCAGUAUACAUCUGCCUUUUUCCAAAGGUUAGAUCGCCUAGGUAACACACCACUUUUAAGGACACGUUAGAGGAUAAAGGGAUAAAGAGGACCAUGAGCAUCUGAUGUUAAUUCAAGGCACCAGCAAGCCCUUAAUUUUAUUGAACUUUGGUCAGGCCAAAUGCUAGUUGGAUUGAGGCAGAAACAACUUAUAAAAUAUUAAGUUAAUUCAUGAAUCAGUUCGUAAAAGGCAUCCUAUGAUUUUUAAAACAAGUUUGUUACUUGCUUCAGCAUAUAUUUGGAUUCUUACCUAUGUUCAUUCUUAACUCAUCUAUGUCUUUAUUUCUUGACAGCAAAAAUGACUUCUUAGAAAAAGAACUCAGUCUUGGAGUUCCCAUCAUGUCUCAGCAGUAACGAACCCGACUAGUAUCCACGAGGAUGUGGGUCCCACCCCUGGCCUCGCUCAGUGGUUAAGGAUCAGGUGUUGCCAUGAGCUGUGGUAUAUAGGUCGCAGAUGCAGCCCGGAUCCCGGAUCCCACGUUGCUGUGCCUGAGGCAUAGGCCAGCAGCUACAGUUGCAGUUUGACCUAGCCUGGAGCUUCCAUAUGCCUGAGGUGCGGCCCUAAAAACAAAACAAAACAAAACCUCAGUAUUUAUUAGACUCUUGAGGCUUAGAGACCAAGCGGUUCAUGUUUUAAAGAUUUUCUUUUCUUUAAUAUAUAUCUUAUGUCAUUGGCUGGUGCUUUUUUAUAUUUAUUUUUUCCAAAGGUAAUCCGUCUACAUUAGUUUGAAACUGAUUAACAGAGGAUUUUUAGAGGAUUUUUAGUAGGAUAAAUGGGUGUAGAUUUUUAAUCAAAUAUCUGAAGUUUAAAAUGAUUAAAAUAUCUUCCAUUUCUAGAGAGGGAUGAGUAUAAUCAUCCUAAAAUAUCUGAAUAAUCAUCCCUCUCUAGAGGGAUGUAGUAGAAGAACAUGGCUUACCUCUUUCUUCCUCUCCUCAGUUUGCUUAGAUAUUUUUUAGUCAAUUCAAACUGUAGGUAAUGGUUUCAUCUUUUCUUUGCUGCAGUUAAUAGGAAAGCAAGAAAAUGUAGUUUCAGUAUAAGCAAAAAAUCACUCUUUGUGUUUCCCUUGAUACAUUGCCUGUGUAUCUAUGUAUAUAGAGUUUAAGUUGCUUAAUAUAUGGACAUAAAUUAUUGAAAUUUGAAGUGCAGAAAGAGAAGACUUGUAUGAUUCUAGGAACAGGGAUUGAUUGUAUUAAGAACGAAAGGACUACCAGGUAGCAUGUAAACCCCCUUUGAAACUGGAGUUAGCCAGUGAGUUUCAGAUUGUGGUUCUCUUAAAUUACGGUCAUUGUAAUCCACAUGCACUGGAAUAUUUCACCUGUACGGGUGCUGAUAUACCUCGUGGUAUAGGAUGGACUCUUGGUUUGUGAUCGCCUGAGACCCUGAAGGGUCAAGGUGGGUUCUACCUGUAAUCUAGGUCAUAUCCUAAACCCAGAGAUUCUAAGGGUUGCCUUAUAGGGAUUAUAAUAUGGCUUAUAUGACCCAGAUGUAGAGAACAGAGAGCAAUAAAAAGCCUAGCUUAAGCUUUGAUUCUACCAAAAUAGUCUUUGAGCCAGUGGUAUCAAGGUCAUUUUAGAUGUGAGUGGCUCUCUUCAGUAUUAGUUGUUAUCUUUGUUUUCUGUGCUUCCAAGAACAGUUAUCUUUCAAUCUUUUUAAAUACAGCAUGACUUAAAUGUAUAGGGUCUCUGGAAGUUCCCUUUGUGACGCAGCAGCAACGAAUCCGACUAGGAACUAUGAGGUUGCGGGUUCGAUCCCUGGGCUCGCUCAGUGGGUUAAGGAUCCGGCAUUGCUGUGAGCUGUGGUGUAGGUUGCAGAUGCGGCUCAGAUCUAGGUGUUGCUGUGGCCCUGGCGUAGGCCAGCAGCUUUAGCUCUGACUAGACCCCUAUCCUGGGAACUUCCAUAUGCCAUGGGUGCAGCCCUAGAAAGACAAAAGACCAAAAAAAAAAAAACGUAUAGGGUCUCUGAGUUCAAGAAAAGCAUAGAUAUUCUCUAGGUGAAUUAUACUAACAAAAUCAUAUCUGCUGAAUGUGAUCUAAUAUUUUUGUUGAACAGUUAAAACUAAUACAUUUUGCAUAUACAGUCUUACUUUUUUUUUUGGUAAUGUUGUUUUGUUAGUGUAAGCACAUAGUCAUCAUAAACUGAGCCAAGACUUUGUCAAACCAGAUGUUGUGGACCAAAAUAUUUAAAUAAGAGCUUAACAUAUGUAAAUGAUUUUAAUUGCUGUUGGGCAAAGGAGACCUAACAAUGUUUUGAUUGAUUUGAUCUUAAAAUUUGUUCAAAAUUCAGAAAGCUUUUAUGAAUGUUUUGUACUUAAAAAUAUAUUUUGUUCUUUAUGAAUUAGAAGUUAGACCCUUUUUAAAGAGAGUCCACCUCUAUGCAAAUACAGCCAUUAAGAAUUGGGUGAUAAAUGGCAAUUUUUAAAUUGAACCUCAGCCAAGUACAGUCUUUUUUGGCCAAUUACACCUGACAUUUCUCUAAUCAUCAAAAUUAGCCUACAGAGGAGUUCCCGUCGUGGUGCAGAAGAAAGGAAUCUGACUAGGAACCGUGAGGUUGCACGUUCGAUUACUGGCCUCACUCAGUGGGUUUAGGAUCUGGCGUUGCCGUGAGCUGUAGUGUAAGUUGCAGACGUGGCUCGGAUCUGGGGUUGCUGUGGCUGUGGGGUAGGCUGGUGGCUAUAGCUCCAAUUUGACCCCUAGCCUAGGAACCUCCAUCUGCCACUGGUGCAGCCUAGAAAAGACAAAAAGACAAAAAAAAAAAAAUUAGCCUACAGAGCAGUACAAAAUGUGAUGAAUUUUAUUGUCAGCCUUCUCUAUGGAGACCUAGACUAGUACUUCUCAGACUUUAAUGUGCAUAUAUUAAACAGCUGGGAAUAUGUUGAAAUGCAGAUUCUGAUACAGUAGGUUGGGGACAGCCUGAGAUUCUAGUGUCUAAAAAGUUCUUAGGUGAUAUCAGUGCUCCAGGUCCCAAGACCACACUCCAAGUAAAAGCACCUAGACUAUAUCUAGCUUCCAUAUUUCCCCUGUUUCUGGUAAAGGAGACAGCACUAUCAUUGUAAUUCCUUCUGUGGGCCGGACACUCACACAUUCCUUAUCUCAUUUAAUCUUCUUACAAAGCCUGUGAGGUAGGUGGUGGUAAAGUUUAAGUGAUCUGCUAAAACCCAAACACACAAGCAAUGUGGAAUAGCGCAGUGUUUCUCAGACUUGAAUAAUGCACAUCCGCUUUUAAUAAGGAGAAAUUCUUUUAGCGCCUUAGUUUUUACUUUAUUUUGUUAUAAUGGUAUCUAGGUUUAUAUAUUAUAUAUGAAUGCCUUAUGUUUUUAGCUCUUGCACAAAUAUAAAACCAAAAGUGUACAGAUUAGACACAAGCAACACUAAAACGAAUACAACUUAAAAUAACGUUAACGAAAUAUGGUGGAUGAUGAUGUUUUGCCAAAGUGAAACUGUCCCUCGUAUUUUAUUAUGGUGUGAGUACCAGAGUGCAGGUUCUUUCGUGUUCCGCAUACACCUAUGACCAUGGGCUAGGAGGUGACUCAGUUCUUCCACUCUUUUUCUCCAUUCACACUAUUACUUUCCUUUGUUUAACACAUAAUGAUGUUAUUUGGUUGUCCUCUAGCUUGAAUGCAUCGUUUUCCUAUUAAGUCAGCCUCUGUUCUCCAUAAGCCUUACACAACUAAAGCAGAAGCUGGCUUAACAUGCAAGUAAAGACAUGUACAAACCUAGGCAUUGAAACAUUCUGGCUACAUUUGGUGUUAAGGCAGUUAUCCGGAUCAUCCAGAACAUGAAUAUUAAUUAUUUUUAAAAUGUUCAUCAACAUGAAAAAAUGUCUAAUUCUUAUAGUAAACUCAUGGAUCUCCCACUCCACAAAGACGCAUAAUUCCUCUCUUUCUCUCUCUCCCUCUCCACUGCACUCUCUCUCUCUCUCCAGCCCCCCCAACAAUAUUUUUCACUGUGAUUAACAAAAUUGGUUCUUGGGCUUCUGAUGUACCUGGGUUCAGACCCUGGGCACGUUUCUCAACAUUUUCUGAACCUUAGUGUUUUCAUGUAUUAAACAGGGAUAGUAAUACUCAUUGAAUAAUUAAGAGACAUAAAUGCAAUCAUGAUCAUAAAGCAUGCGUAGUGUUUAGAAAUAGUAGCUAUCAUUGCUUUGAUUAGAAGUAAUAAUAACUGACAUUUGAGAACAUACCCUGUGCCUUCAACUUUGCUAAACUCGUUGUAUGUGUUAUCUUAUGUAUUGACUUGUAGGAUUGGGGUUCAAAUCCAAGUCUGACUCCAAAGCUCAUGCUCUUAUAAAAAAGAAUCUAAUAUAGACCGUCAAUGUAAGUUGCUUAUUUUAAAAGUUAUUUAAUGUUAAAUUUGUAUUAUAAAAUUAAUAAUGUCUCCCUGAAGGGAAAUAACUAAGUUUCCUUUUAAUGAUUGGGAGUGUGCUAAUAAUCAAGUUGACGUAGAUUACAGGUAAAUUUCUUUUAAAAUCUGUCAUGCUAGGCUGUGGUCCAGUGAAAGAAUAUUAGGAUCAUUAGUCUCAACUUGUGCAUUUAAGAUUCAUAACUAAUGGUAACAUGAGAUUCUCCCUGAGUCUUUUUUUUUUCUUUUUUUUUUUUUUUUGGCAGAAAAAUAAUUUUCCCCCACCAGUAUUAUCAUAAUAUUUCUUGAUGGUCUGAAGAAUAAUACACAGACAUCUUAGUUUUCACCUGUAAAAUAUAUUUUUUAAAAUUGUUCUGGGAGUUCCCGUCGUGGCUCAGUGGAAACAAAUCUGACUAGUAUCCAUGAGGAUGCAGAUUCGAUCCCUGGCCUUGCUUCGUGGGUUAAGGAUCCGGUGUUGCCAUGAGCUGUAAUGUAGGUGGCAGACGUGGCUUGGAUCCCACGUUGCUGUGGCUGUGGCGUAGCCCAGCAGCUCUGACUAGACCGCUACCUGGGAAUUGCCAUAUGCUGCGCAUUUGGCCCUAAAAAAGAAAGAAAAAAAAACCAAACUGUUGUUCAAAAAAACGAAAAACAAAAAUUGUUCUAACUCUCCUUUUAAAUAGUUUCUAUAUUCUCGCUUUUCCUAGUUUUCUAUUUUAAAAAAUCUGAAGUUUUGAAAAAUGAACACGCAUACCUGGAGGCUGGCCUUUUUUUGUUUUGCUUUUUUAUCUAAUUGGGUGAAGGGAGAAAAUACCAGAAGACAGUUGUAAGAACUCAUUUAUUAACAAAGAUAGUAUGUAUCAAAUUAAACGUCUUUCCCUACUUACCAAAAUAUUUGCAGAAAUUACCAGGGACACAUUAAAUGUGAGGCUGUCAUUGAAUUUUAUUAAAAUUUGUUGUAAAAAUACUUCCCUUUAUGCCAUAUGUAUAUAAUAUAUAUGCCAGAUAAUAAUCUAUGUUGUGGAAAUUUUUGAUUGUUUCCAAUCCAGCCUCUUUUCCCCCAUCAGCAUAAUCUUUAAGCUCAGUGAAGCCAUGCCUUUCCGUACAUGUGCAUUAUCAAGACAGAAGCUGCGUUUUCUGUGUUACUUCCCUGCCGCAUCCUGUAUCGCAGCAUAAGGAAAUUGUUCUGGCUUCACAUUAUAGGUACAGCCCAGGUCUACUUGAUUUUCUCCAUUUUAGCGAUCUGCUGUUUGAUUUGGGUUGUGAGCUCUACUUCAGUUCAAGUUAAUUUCCUCUUUCUCUUAUUAAUGUUAAGACUGGUUGACUUAACUUUUCUCUUUUUUGCUUCUUUAAAAAUCCAAAUGUACUCUUUGUAAGUAUGUAUGUAAAGCCUCUGACAGUUAUGUCUUCCAGUUCAGACGUGUCUGGCAUUUUCAUCUUGAAAUGCUAAUUAUAAAUGAUAACGUCCUUGCUAUUUUAAACAUUUUAGGUGAAUUAUAUUUUCUAAGAAUCUUUUUUCCUAUAGUAAAGUAGGUGUUAAAAUUUAUUGUGAAAGAGGCAUUGUUCUUAAACAGUGGAGAACCACAGAACCCUCUUAUUUUACUGAUGAAGAAAUGGAGGCCCAGGCAGGUUAAGGCAGGUUGGACUCAGAGCCAGAUCAUGAGGAUUGUAGGUAGUUUGAGGAGCACCUUGCCAGCUAGAGCUAGAGCUCUUUGAUUUAACUAUGCGCAGCUACUUGAAUGUGACAUUCCCUCUUAUGUCCUCCAAAGUAGGGUUUUCUAAUCAUUUAUUUUUUAUUGACGUUGCCCUUGGCUCAGCCAAGUUCUAGGGGAAGACCAAGUUCAGGAGUUCAGCAGAGGUUAUCAGUCAUCAUUCAGGGACUGUGAAAAUACCUGGGGGUGGGAGGUGGAUUUAAUUUGAAGUUAUAGGUUUGAGGUUUUUAGCUUUUUACCCAAUAAUCCAUUCACUCCCAUUCACUAUCCACCUCUUAAACAAAAAUUCCUCCUUUUAGCAAAGUUGAUCAAGAAAGCAGCCUACCUCUUUGGAAAUCAAAUAACACUGAGGAAAUGCUGAGCUGAAUGUGCUGAAUGUAUGCCACCCAGGAAACUACACAGACUUUGGCAGUGCUACCCAAUCAAGUGCCACAAUAAGCUCUAUGUUAAAAUUAUGGAGGCUCUUGCAGGAGAAACUGAAGUUUUACCUAUGAGCCCAUUUUUCUGACAUUUAGUUUUAUGGCACAAAAAUUCUCUCGGUUACGUGUUCCUGAAUCAGUGAGCAAGAGCACAAUACAGAGAAAUGUUCCACUUUUUCCACUCAUUCAGUGAACAGUUACUAAGGAUCCAUACGUUAAAGGAAUGCUGGCCGCUGUAACAAAUACACUGAAAGCACAUAAUGGCUUAAACACAAUAGAAAUUUAUUUAUUGCGUAAAGUCUGAGCAGAUUGCUGGUGAGCAAGCAGCUCUUCUCCAAGUCCUGAUGCAGAGACCUAAACUCCUUCAAUUCUGUGGCUCCAUCUUCUUCAACAUGUAGCUCUCAAAGGAUCCACGCUUUUCUAGUUGAAUCUGGCAGAUGGGAAAGAACCCAGAGGACUUGCCCACAAGGUUUUUUUAUGCCAGACCUGAAGGUGGCACGUGUCACUUCCAGUCAUAUUCCACUGUUUAGAAGUCGGUCAUGGGCUCCACCUAACUGCAACGUCAGGAGGUAAGGAAUGGGGUCUAACUGUGGGUCCAGGAUAGGAAUUUGGUGCUGCUCAGCUUUCUCCAGUAAUCCAGGCAGUCUAUUCUGUGCUGGAAAAAAAUAAGCCAUGAAAAAUAUAUUCCAGCCAAGUAGAAAUAAAUUACUCUGUAAUGAAAGAAAUGCUCCCCUAGAGAGAUGUCAAGUGUCAGAGAAGGGCAUUGGCACAUGAUCACAACUUUGCCUGGAACAAAACCCCAUGGCAUAGCUCGGGACCGCUCUCAAUCGAAGCCCUGUCACCAGAUGUGCACAUGCUCUGGAGCAGACAGACUAGGCGGGCAUCCAGAUGCUGUUUAUUGAACUUAUCUUACUACUUAAAGUCUGUGAAUCAAGAGUAUUGUCCUGUUAGCAAUGCCGGUUUGCAGGCCUCACCCCAGAGCUACAGCAUCUCACUCAGCAUUUUAUCAAGCUUCCCCCAGGUGAUCUACGUCCACAUGAAGGUUUGAGUCACUGUUGUAAUCCUGGCUCCAAAUGAUUGUGAUUAUUUGUAUGAUUUUAGCCAGAUUACUCACUCUGUCCCUUCACCUCUUCAUCUGUACGAUGGGGGUGAGGGUAUCUCCAGAGAUAACGUCCACAGAGUUAAAUAACACCUGACACUUAGCAAGUAAUGGAUAUUUUCUCACACUAAGGGUUUAUUUUAAAAAUAACUAAAAGGAGAUACAGCUCUUUGAGCUGUAACCAUUGAACUCAUCCUCUUUCAGUCCUUCUUUAGUCACACUGAGGACUUUAGCCCUUUGAAAUGGUGAGAGGGUUUUUAAUUCAUAUAGUCUAGUGUUCCUUAGAAAUGAGUAAGCCCAGAAAAAUAAACAUUUCCAGAGUCAACAAGUAGUGUUUGUCCUAGUAAGCCCUCAUAUAGACAGCAGCCAUGAUUUUAAUCUAUGAACUAUCAGGCUACAAACUUUAUACACAGAAAUGAUCCACUAACCUGCUGACCUUGAGAGACACUAACUUCUUAAAGACUUUAGUCAUAACAUCUAUAGUUAGCUUAGAUUAAUUGAAAUAGGAGAAACCAGAUAUUUGUAGGUCAAAUAAUUUUGUUCAACCAGAAAAUAACUUGGAUUUCAACCUUUCAGGAAUGUGUUUUAGUAGUAUAAUCUUAAUGCCUCAUUUAGUAAGUAUAAUAUAUGCACAUUGAAGUUAGUUUUUGGCUUUAUGUAGUAACUUAGAAACGUAUCUAGAUCUUUCAGUGCCUUGAGUUUAUCUGUUUAAUACUGUUUCUCUUAAUCCUACGUGGCUAGUAUAGAAAGUUAUCAGAGAUAAGGCUAAUUACGUACUGCCCUAAGAACACCAUCUUGGACUUAAAAGCAUCUUUCAAGUCACUUCCUAAUAUCAGCUUAUGUGACUUUCUUUCUCUUAAAUUAUAAUCUUAGAAUUCCAGUUUAAUUAAGGUAUGUUUAUUGUUGUUAUAGGUGGUUUACCUUAUGCUCACCAAAUUUUUUUAAGUUGAAAAAUAAAUUGGACAACCUUAAUGAUUAUGGCCUUCAUUCCAGGAAAGGAGCAAGCCAAAACCACUCACAUUUUAGUUCAAAUAGGAACAUUUAAGCCUAAAUUUGUAUACAGUCCUAUGCAUUUAGAGCUGGCUUCCCAAUUCAUAGAAAAAAAAAUCACCCUAACAUUUGCCAGGCGAAGUCCAGCAUGUUGCAUGUUGUUUGCUUUUUACAGCACUUAGUACAAGGCCAGAACUAAGAAGUGCUAAUACUUUCUUCUUGAAUCCUUUUUGUUGAUCUGUUGUCCUAGCAAAUCCAACUUUGAACCUCAUAUAACUCACAUAGGAGUUACACAAGAAACGGGAAAAAGGCAGGAAUCUCAUUUUUUAGUCUCAGUAGUAAAAUGGCACAGUGUUAGAACACUCUGGGGGAGGGGCGGUUGCUUGUUCUGCUUUUAUGUUUAUAAUUUAUUGUAACAUGUACCAAAAUCAAAUUAUACUAGAAUCCUCCAUUAUAUCCUUUUUGAGUAUAAAGACUUCUAUUUCUAUUCUAA